GAGCCGUUCAAACCACUCGGUUCGUUCGUGAACGUCACACCAUCGGACGUCACCCAACCAGGAAGAACCGCAGCACGCUUGACAUCUCAUGACGAGCGUGCAACACAUUUUCAGCUGCGCUCGCCGGAGUUUUGUAUUGGAGGACUGAGCAUGAGAUGUGUUGCUGCUACAGGAUGAAUUAACCUGCCCUGAUGGCGGACAGGCUGACCUUCAGCAACAUCAUCGCCUUGGCCCCCAUGGUCCGAGUGGGCACGCUGCCCAUGAGGCUGUUGGCGCUGGACUACGGAGCUGAUGUUGUCUAUAGCGAGGAGCUGAUUGACAUCAAGAUGGCGCAGUGUCAGCGGGUGCACAACGAUGUCCUGCAGACGGUGGAUUUUGUGGCGCCGGAUGAUCGCGUGAUGUUCCGGACCUGUGAGAAGGAGAAGCACCGAGUGGUCUUCCAGAUGGGGACCGCUGACCCGGACCGAGCGCUGACUGUGGCCCGGCUUGUGGAGAAAGACGUGGCCGCCAUUGACGUCAACAUGGGUUGUCCGAAAGAGUAUUCCACUAAGGGCGGGAUGGGCGCUGCGCUUCUAUCCGAUCCUGACAAGAUCAACGCGAUUCUGGGGAAGCUCGUUGCAGGGGUUUCUGUGCCUGUGACGUGUAAGAUCCGAAUCCUGCCUUCGAUGGAGGAGACCCUAUCCCUGGUGCGGCGGAUCGAGAAGACUGGCGUUGCUGCUAUCGCCGUCCAUGGCAGGUUUAAGGAGGAGCGCCCCAGACACCCGGUCCACUGCGACUACAUCCACGCCGUGGCUCGGGCUGUUUCUAUUCCCGUCAUCGCCAACGGAGGUUCCCUGGACCUGGUCAAGACCCACGCCGAUAUCGAGGCCUUCAGGGAGGCAACGGGGGCCUCAUCUGUCAUGUUGGCCCGCGCCGCCAUGUGGAACCCGUCGGUGUUCAGCAGCGGGGGGCCGCGUUCUCUGGAGGAAGUCAUGGACGAAUACCUCAAAUAUGCCAUCCGCUACGACAACCACGCCUUCAACACAAAGUACUGCCUGUGCCAGAUGCUGAGGGACAAGGUGGAGUCUGUCUUGGGAAAAAAGGUGCAGGCGGCCCAGACCAACACUGAGCUCAGCGAGGUGUACGGCCUGCAGGACUUGUACAAGCAGACGCAGGAGCAGUUUCAGGCCAUACGGGACGCCAAGCUGGGCGGUGCCCAGCCGCAGCGCCUCAUCAUGGACGGCGACGUCACCACCAUGGCGGUCAAGUUUGAACGGCGGGAGUAUUCGCCCCAGAUCACGCCGAAGAUGGUCCUUCUGGAGUGGAGCCGCAGGGAGAAAGUGGACCAGCCGCAGUAUCAGAUGGUGCAACGGCCCCAGGAUCGAGCCUUUCAGUCUACUGUGACUGUGGACAACAGGAAGUACAGACCUUCGCUGUGGGAGAAGUCGAAGAAGUUUGCCGAGCAGGCGGCCGCCGUCGUUUGCCUGCGAGCUCUCGGAGUUCCGGAGGGCCGUGUCGGGGAGGGAAACGGCGGCCUGGUGUGCAAGAGGAAGCGGGAGGAGAGGGCGAACGGCGGCGCAGAGGAUGAGCUCAGGAAGAAACAACAGUUGGACGACAGCGGGAACAAUGUGGCGGCGAAUGGCAAGUUGAAAACGACACCUUUGUGAGGAUGCUACAGGUGUUUGUGAACUGAUGGAGCCAAUGAAGUUUGGGUAUAAACAGCUGCUGACAUUUUAUUUUGAAAAACUAAUCUGGUACUUCCAGCAUGCUGACUGGUUCCUUCUGCGGCCAACAGAGGGCAGGAUUUCACUGUCAGGACAUUUUUUCAGUUGUUUAGUCUGAAGACAUUUGACAUGUUUGUGCCUGCCAGAGCCUUCCUUUCUGUUUUAGUUGAACAAUCAUGUUUAUCCUGCAUGGAGCAGCAAUUUUAAGUCGCCCAAAUACACGUCAAUCGAUUUUUGGUCCAAUUGCAUUAAUAUUUUGAGUGAACAUGUUUGUAUUUGCUUUAUAUGUUUUGAUUGUGUUUUCUCAGUUUGCAAACAAGAAUACAUGCUCAUAUCUUAUCUAUAAGCACAAGAGGCUAAUAUUCCAAUAUUAUCAAUAAACGUAUUUCUGCUAAUGACAAAUUCUGACAAAAACAAGAAAGUUUGUAUACUCUAGCCUUGAAAUAGACCCCCCAUUUAGACCAGUUGAUCUGCCGUUUCUUUUGUUUUCUGCUCUGCCCCCCUCUCCCUUGUGUGUGUGGGGGAGGAAGGGCACAGGUCCGGUGGCCAUGGAUGAAGUGCUGGCUGUCCAAAGUCGGGACCCGGGGUGGACCGCUCGCCUGUGCAUCGGUUGGGGACGUCUCUGGGCUGCUGACCUGUCUUGGCUCGGGAUGGUCUCCUGCUGGCCCCACUAUGGACCGGACUCUCACUAUUAUGUUAGGUCCGCUAUGGAUUGGACUUUCAUAAUAUUUUCUUGGAUCCACUCUGUCCAUUGCACCGGUCUCCCUCUCCAAGGAUUCUCAUUGUCAUCCCACUGGGUUGAGUUUUUCCUUGCCCUGAUGUGGGAUAUGAAUAAAGGAUGUCUUUGUGGCUUGUGCAGCCCA